AUGUCUCCUGAAGAGCUCUCCACUCUCGAAGUGGAAAUCAAGGAACUCCUUCGCAAAGGGUUCAUCCGCGAAUCCAAGUCUCCCAUCUCCAGCCCGGUCCUGUUCACCCUGAAAGCCGACGGUUCUCGCCGUAUGGUUGUCGACGGCCGUCAAGUCAAUGCCGUUACCAUUCCGAACAGCUACCCGCUUCCUCUCAUCUCCGAGCUCAUCGACCAGCUUGGUCCAAGUCGCUCUCGCCCCUCUUGCUCCAAGAUCUUCACCAAGGUCGACCUUCGCUCUGCUUAUCAUCUACUCCGUGUCAAGGAGGGUGACGAGUACAAGACCGCCUUCCGCUGUCAACUUGGCCUCUUUGAAUUCCUGGUGGCACCUUUCGGCCACAUCAACUCUGGCGCCUGCUUCCAGAGAUUCAUCGCUUCUCUUCUCCAAGGUAUUAUCGGUGUUGUUUUCUACCUCGAUGACAUCCUCAUCCACUCCGACACUCUCGAGAACCACGUCCCUCUCGUCCGCCGUGUUUUUACAAUUCUGCGCGACAACCAGCUGUCAUGCCCCACUGGCAUGCCUACUUACUUGCAUGCAUUACCUUACUCUUCUCCCCGACUGCCACGACUGCUGCAUCUCAAGACGCCGCAGUGA